AUGUCGAAGCUAGAUGUACUGGACCGUCUAGAGAACUUUGGGUACAGAGACGAGGAAAGGAGAGAGCCACUGACUCGCCUACUCGAGUUGCCUCUGUUCGAUGGAGAAGACGCCGAAGGGUGGUUGACGAGAGUGGAACAAUACUUCGAGCUCAGCGAGUUUUCGGAGGAGGAGAAGCUUCGAGCAGUGAGAAUGUGUUUCACCAAUGACGCCUUGUCUUGGUAUCAUUGGGAAAGGGACCGACAUCCCUUUCUCACUUGGGAACAGAUGAAAAGUCGUGUAUUGGAGAACUUUGCGGUGUCUCACGAUCUGACCGCCGGCGAACGCCUGCUAUUGCUCCGUCAAGACGAGUCCGCCGGGAAGUACUGCAAGGACUUCAUCUUUCUGGCAGCUAAUGCCCCCAAAGUGUCCGAAAAGGUGUUGGAAAUGGCCUUUAUGAUCGGCCUGAAACCGAAGGUGCGAGCAGGGGUCAAAAUGUUUGAGCCCCGGAACUUGAAGAAAAUGAUGAGUGUGGCAAAAAUGGUGGAAGAGUGGAACGACCACGGGGACAUGCCGUCGUCGUCAAGUGGUGACAAUACGAACAGAGCAGCCAAUCGCAGUGGAGGUGAGAGACUGCCUACGCGUGUAUUCUCGCAUGUGAGAGGAGGGGUAAAUGUGACAAACACUAAACCCCCGAUUCCACCAGAGAACAAAACGACACAGUUCCAUACUAUUGGGGAGAAAACCAACCCUAAUCAAGGGAAACCGGCGGAGACGCGCCGUGCACCAUACCGUCGGUUGUCCGACACGGAGGCCAACGACCAUCGCGCCAAAGGGUUAUUGUUGGUCGCUACGGUGGACGACGAGGAAGGUGAAGUAGACAAGGAUGAGAACGAGUUGGGAGAGGAGUUGGUCGAAGUUCCUGAAUUCACAGCCCUGUCUAUCUACUUGGCGGUGGGGAUAUCGUCUCCACGUACUAUGAAACUGAGGGGAAUAGUACAGGAGGAAGACAUCGUGGUAAUGGUGGACAGUGGAGCGACUCAUAACUUCAUCUCCAGCUCCAUGGAAAACAGGAUUGGCAUUGCUACGAAAGGAGUUUGUCAUAACGUGAAGCUGCAGCUCCAUGGUUACGCUGUGGUCACCAGUUUCCUACCGUUGGAACUUGGUGAAGCCAAUGUCAUCUUAGGAAUGCAAUGGCUAGAGACUUUGGGGCAUACUAAGGUGAACUGGAAGGAGCAGAGGUUGGGAUUCUGGGCAGGAACAGAAUGGGUGACUCUGAGAGGAGACCAUAGCCUGCAGAAUUCAGAGGUAUCCCUGAAGAGUUUGUGGAAAGCGCUCCAACAGGAUGGAGAAGGGAUCCUUGUCGACUGCCACAACCUACAAGCAGUGAAAGGGGAGACCAAAGAAGACACAUUGGCACUAUAUCAACCAUUAUUCGAGGAGUUUUCCAUGGUGUUUGCAGAACCAACGGGACUGCCUCCCUCUCGAGGCAAAGAGCAUCCCAUCAACUUGAAACCAAGUGCGGAACCAGUGAGUGUCAGACCAUUUUGCUACCCACACGCCCAAAAAGAAGAAAUCGAGAAACAAAUUGCAGUGAUGUUGGCAGCAAGGAUCAUACGAGAGAGUGGGAGUCCUUUCUCGAGUCCAGUGUUGUUGGUGAAGAAGAAGGACGGAAGUUGGAGGUUUUGCGUCGACUACCGUACCUUGAACAAAGUCACUGUGCCGGAUAGCUAUCCCAUACCAAUGAUUGAUCAGCUUCUAGAUGAACUCCAUGGGGCUCAAAUAUUCUCGAAGCUGGAUUUACGAUCGGGGUACCAUCAGAUUCUGGUCAAGGCAGAGGAUGUACAGAAGACGACUUUCAGGUCUCGUGAUGGGCAUUACGAGUUCCUCGUCAUGCCAUUUGGUCUGACCAAUGCACCAGCUACGUUACAAUCGCUCAUGAAUGAAGUAUUUCGGCCCUUUCUGCGCAAGUUUGUGCUAGUGUUCUUUGAUGACAUCCUAGUUUACAGUCGCACCAUUCAGGAACAUCAGGGACACCUUCGUGCGGUUCUAGCAACUCUCAAGCGACACAAGCUGUAUGCUAAUCAAAAGAAGUGUCAAUUUGGGAGUCAGCAGAUUGAAUAUUUGGGGCAUGUGAUCACACCAAACGGGGUUGUGGCUGACCCAAGACAGGCUGUUGCGACAGGGUAG